GGCCGCUGCCACAAGUCUCCCGCCCAGUUGAGGCUCCUAGGAUGGAAAAAAGAGAGGAAAAGUUGGGGGAAAACAGAGGAAAAAUCUAAAAAAACAAAGGAAAGAUGGAAAGAAUUAAAAGGUAAGACCCUUUCCACAUGGAUUGCUCAUUUUUUUUUUUGCUUUUCACUUCGUUUUCUUUUCGGACAUCCGGUGAGAUUGGAGAGGUUUCUUAGGUUCCGGUUGGGGUUUUUUUCUCAAGAUUGGCGGUGUGAGUUGGUCCCUUGAGCGCUUAAUCGAAGUAUUAUUUUGUGGGAUUUGGGGAUUUUUGAUCGAAAGGAUUCUUCUUUGGUGACAAAAUUUUCAGUUUAUGGAGUUCCAUUGAAUAUAUGAAUGAGGUUUCUUAGGUUCCGGUUGGGGUUUUUUCUGACGAUUGGUGGUGUGAGUUGGUCCCUUGAGAGCUUAACCGAAGCAUUAUUUUGUUGUGGGAUUUGGGGAUUUUUGAUCAAAAGGAUUCUUCUUUGGUUACAAAAUUUUCAGUUUAUGGAGUUCCAUGAAUAUUGAAUAUAUGAAUGAGGGUUAAUCGGGAUGCUUGGCUGAUGUACCAGUUUUAAGUGGGACAGGUUUGGGACGGGUUCGGGUGGUAAGAUUUUAAACGGAUUCGGAUACGGAUAGGGUAAAUUUUGCGCAUACCCCACCCAUUGCAAUCCCUCCGGGCUAAGCCUUGGCUGCCCCGAAUUUCAAUCGUGCACUCAGUCUCAGGUCCUCUCCUCCCACUCCGUCCGUCCGUUUGUACUCUCGUGUCUACCCUUUCCUCCUACUCUGCCCGUCUGCCACUCGAGACUACCUUCGUCGACUCUAGCCGCCGGAGCAGCGUCUCCCCUUUCCUCCCAUUCCGCCCGUCUGGCACUGUCCCUCGCCUUCCUCCUCCAACCCCUCACUCAGCACUAGAUGGACAAUGAUUCUCAUCAGAAGGAAAAUAGUGAGUGGAAUUGUGAGGAAUCAAAGGGAAAAGAUGCAGCGGAUUCCAUGGAUAAGAAGAAUUCAGCUAGCAAGGCCGAAGGAGUCCAGAUCUUGGCAUUUGAUCACUCUGUGGAGAACUUCUUCGCUACAAUGGAUGCUAUUUUGGCUCUUUGUGGGGAGCCUGGCGAGCAGCGCUUUGAGUCUGGCGAGAUUCAGCGGUUCUCUUCCAUGAUCACCUUUUUGAAAGAGUGGAGGCAUUUCUGUUAUGAACCAAAAAUUAUCAAUUUUUCUUUUGAAACUGAAUCUGCACGGGUGAAAGUUGUUCCUGAUGGGAAACGCUUAUCUCAGUUUUCAUCUGCAGCUGUUCCGAAGAUGGAACAACUACCUCGUAAAACAAGAAAUUCGGACAGCAGUGAUUUUGUCUUGCAUGCUGGUGGGCAUGUCUGGGGAUUGGACUGGUGUCCCCAGAUCCAUGAAAAGCCUCAUUCUAAUAUCAAAUGUGAGUAUCUUGCAGUUGCUGCUCACCCUCCUGGUUCUACAUAUCACAAGAUAGGUGUCCCAUUGAUUGGAAGAGGUGCCAUUCAAAUCUGGUGCCUCUUAACUUUGGAUGAGAAAGUGGAAUUUUCUCUACCAAGGUCCAGAAGAGGGAGACUUAAAAAGGAACCAGUUAAAGAAGAACCGCUAAAUGAUUUUAAUGGUACAGGUAUGACAAUAACCACCAAAAGGCCCAGAGGCAGACCAAGGAAAAGGCCAGUUGAAAAUGAUACAAAAUAUGCUUUAAGUGUGGAAGAUGGAUCAGAUCUACCAAGCCCAAGAUGGAGACCUAAAAAGAGACUGAUGCUGGGUGUAGUUGAUCUAAAUGGUUCAACGAAAUUAUCUCCAGCAAAGCCUAGAGGAAGACCUAGGAAAAAACCAGCUUCUGAUAACAACAGUGCACAAAAAUCUUUUCUUGCCAAGCCCAGAGGGAGACCUAGAAAACAUUCGCCUCCAAGCAUUGAUAAUUCAAAUGACAAAGAUGUCUCACGUCCUUGCAGUAACAAUCAAAUUCAGAUUGUAAGUGAGUCUAAUGUGCCUACAACUGUUAAUUCAGGGAAUAAUGUAAUGGCAUUGUCUUUUUCUGCUGAUGUAAAUUGUGAGGAGGUAACAAUUCAAAAAAGGUGCAGAGGAAGACCCAGAAAGAAUUCCAUUUCCACUGUAAAUGAUCAUGUUCCAGAAUCUGGGGUUGAAUCAGGGAACGGUACAUCUUUUUUGGCCAUUUCAAGCAGAUCUGAGACUUUGGACAUGAAUGAAUCAUUUUUAUGCAGUCACAAUCAGCUUCCAAGUGUUGUUGAUUUGGGGAAUAUUGCAGUGGCAUCACCUGUUUCUGCUGAUGUAAAUUGUGAGGAGGAAACAAUUCAGAAGAGGUGCAGAGGAAGACCUAGAAAGAACUCCAUUUCAAAUGUAAAUGAACACAUUCCAGCAUCUGGUGUUGAAUCAGUGCAUGGUACAUCUUCCUUGGUCACUUCAACCAGACCUGAGACUUUGAACAUGAAUGAAUCAUGUUCAUGCAGUAACAAUCAGAUUCCAAAUGCUGUUGAUUUGGGGAAUAUUGCAUUGGCAUUGCCUGUUUCUGCCGAUGUAAACUUUGAGGAGGGAAUGAUUCAAAAAAGAAGCAGAGGAAGACCUAGAAAGAACUCCAUUUCAAAUGCAAAUGAACAGAUUCCAGCAUCUGGUGUUGAAUCAGGAAAUGGUACGUCUUCCUUGGCCGCCACUUCAACCAGACCUGAGACUUUGAACAUGAAAGGAUCAUUUUUAUGCAGUCACAAUCAGAUUCCAAGUGCUCUUGAUUCGGGGAAUACUGCAUUGCCAUCUCCUGUUUCUGCUGAUGUAAAUUGUGAGGAGGGAUCAAUUAAAAGAAGGUGCGAAGAAAACACCUCAAGUGUAAAUGAAUGUGUUCCAGCAUCUGGUGUUGUAUCAGGGAAUGGUACAUCUUCCUUAGCCACUCCAAGCAGAUCUGAGACUUUGAACAUUAAUGAAUCAUGUCUAUGCUGUAACAGUCAAAUCCGAAGCACAGGUGAGUGUGUUCUGCAUUUAACUGUCGAGUCGGGGAAUGCUGCAUUAGCCUUACCUGUUUCUGCUGAUGGAAACUGUAAUGAGGAAACAUUUCCUCCAAGGCGUAGAGGGCGACCUCGAAAGAGGCCACUUCCAACUAUAAACAAGUGUGUUAUGGCAUCCGGUGUUGAAUCAGGGAAUGAUAUAUCUGUAUUGCCAACUUGUAGCAGACCUGGUAUUUCGAGUGGUGAUAAAUCACCUCUAUUUAGUAAUAGUCAAACUCUAAAUGGAAGUGAGGGUUUUCAUCCUUUAACUUGUGAUUCAGGGAAUUUUGGAUUGGCAUCAUCUGAUUCCGUUGAUGUAAAUUGUAAGGUGGAUACAAUUCAACAAAGGCAUAGAGGGAGACAUAGAAAGCAGCCAGUUUUAAGCUUGAACAAAUGUUUUCUGGAAUCUGGAGUUGAAUCAGUGGAUGAUACAUUAGCAUUGCCCACUUCUAGAGGACCUGAGACUUUGGAUGUAGUUGAAUCAUUUCUGUACGGCAAUUCUCAGGAUGCGAUGCUCUUAAGUAAUGAAGUGGGCUGUGAGAGCUCAUCUAAAGCCGACUUAACUAGCUUAAUUCCAAGAGACAUUGCUUUGCCCCGGGUUGUACUCUGUCUAGCUCACAAUGGGAAAGUUGCAUGGGAUGUGAAAUGGAGACCUUACACCAUCAACGAUUCAGAAGGCAUGCAUCAUAUGGGUUAUCUUGCUGUAUUGUUGGGAAAUGGUUCUCUGGAAGUGUGGGAAGUCCCAGCCCUUAGCAUGGUCAAAGUUUUAUUUGCUUCUAGCUGCGGUGAGGGUACCGAUCCUCGUUUUUUGAAAUUGGAACCUGUAUUCAGAUGCUCAAAGGUGAAAUGUGGAGAUCGACACAGCAUUCCUCUGACAAUGGAGUGGUCACCUUCUGCCCCGCAUGAUCUAAUAUUAGCUGGAUGCCACGAUGGAACGGUUGCCUUGUGGAAGUUUGCUAAACAAUAUCCAUCUCAAGAUACAAAACCUUUACUUUGCAUCACGGCUGAUUCUGCUCCUAUAAGAGCACUUGCUUGGGCUCCAGAGGAAAGUGAUAAGGAGAGUGCAAAUCUUUUUGUGACCGCUGGACAUGAAGGUUUAAAAUUUUGGGACCUGCGUGAUCCAUACCAUCCGCUAUGGGACUUGAAUCCCACGCCAAGAGCAAUUUUGAGCGUGGAUUGGGUAAAACAUCCUAGAUGUAUUAUCUUAUCACUUGAUGAUGGAACCUUGAGGAUCCUCAGCUUGUGGAAAGCAGCAUAUGAUGUUCCUGUUACUGGAAGACCAUUUGCUGGGACAAAGUAUCAAGGGCUGCAUAGCUUUGGCUGCUCAUCUUUCGCCAUUUGGAGUGCCCAGGUGUCACGAACUCUAGGUCUCGUUGCUUAUUGUAGUGCAGAUGGAUCUGCAGUUCGGUUUCAGGUAACUGAACUAUCUGAUCUUACUGAAGCUGUGGACAAAGAUCCAAAGCGAAACCCUAAACCGCAUUUCCUUUGCGGGUCACUUAUGGAAAAAGGCCAAGUUCUUGAGAUCAAUAGUCCACUACCUGAUGUUCCAGUGCCCAACAUUCCUUUUGCGCAAAAGAAGUCGGUUGAUGACUGUGUGGACACUGCUCCGACCAUGCAGUUGCAUGGUUGCUUCUCAGAUGUGGAUCAGGCAAAACAAACAGGUCAUGCUGUUUCAGGUAGUGAAGAAACAAUGGGAAAUACAACAUCAAAAUCCAGAAAGAAUGAGAAGAAGAAACAGCAUGCAAGUGCUAUUGCUGUGCAAACAAAAUUUCAUGCUGAAAUAGAGCAAGGGAUAUUGCAAAGAAAGGAAAACAGAGAUGAAGGAUCUGCACAACAGUUUGAAGCACAUCCUCCCAAAGUUGUGGCUAUGCAUAGGGUAAGGUGGAACAUGAACAGAGGGAGUGAAAGAUGGUUGUGUUAUGGCGGAGCUGCAGGCAUCAUUCGAUGUCAGCAAGUUUCUUUGCCAAUGUAGUGGGGUAAUACUGUUAGUCAUUAAAUAUAACAAAUGUCUGUCUCCUACUAGUACAUCAUUCAGAAUUGUGGUAUGAUAAAUAUGCUGUAUAUAAUUGUUUUAAUCUAUAUUUCAGUUGCUUCUCCUGUA